UUUCCGUUUGCGACCGCCUUUCCGCUGAAGGGCUUCCUGCUGCCGGCAGCGUGCUCAGAAAUCCCGGCAAGGAUGGUCAAAAUGAGUAAAGAGACCAAACAGCGGCUGCAGCAGGUAUUCCGCUGCGGACAGUUCGUCAUCCGUUGGGGAUUCAUCCCGACCAUCCUGUACCUGGGUUUUAGGAGAGGUGGCGACCCAGGCAUGCCAGAACCCAACCUUCUAAGUUUGCUGUGGGGAUGAAAACAGUGCAGCAGAAGUUCUACAUUUCCAUUUUGAUUAGAAGUACUCUCUGAAGAAAAUUGGGAAGAACAGACCAUUGCAGUUGGCAGGUGCAAUGCCUGUGUUCACUAUUUUACUGAUCUACAGCAGUAGAUUUUCCAGCAGGGUAGUUAUGGGCUGUCUUGUUUUCCUAAAAAAUUAGCUGCAUUUGUGGCUACUGUGUUUCAGUUUAUGUAACCUUCUUAUUGGGAAGAAAUAAUCGAGAGAAAAUUUAUCCAAAAAAUGGCUAGAUAAAAUUUGCAGCAUGCAUGUUUGUAAGUUUGCUUGGUUUAAAAGCUAAGUAAUCACACUUUUAAAAUGUGAAGCUGCAUUGUAUAAACCUGCAUAUAGUGAAUAAUCUAACUAUUGAGUUUUUGUUAAGAUAAUGCAUUUAAUACUUGAGUACUAAUUCCUGGAUAUACUUUACUUGAAAAUGUUGUAAUUUUCAUGUUCAUGAUGUACUUUAUAAGUUUUGCUUUGAGAUUUGACUAUU